AUGCUAAUAUAUUACAUUUUAAUAAUAAACUCAAUAAUAUUUUGUUCUUAAUCAGUAUAAAUCCCAGUAGAAGAUGUGGAAUUCAUAACUCAUAAAGAAUCUGGAUUUAAAUUAAUUAACUCAAAAAUUCUUAUAAAUAGAGUUGAUAAUGUCAAAGGUGUAAUUGAUGAUGAUGGUGUUAAUUUUUUGCAUUUUGAAAUAUAUGAUGUAAAAACUGAGUAAUCAAAAAAGAAGAUAAGUAGUAUAUUAGAAUAAUUCUGGAAUGAUGCAAGAAUGGUUCCACUUAGAUUGAGAAAUUAAUUAGAAUUUAUGUUAUUAUUCAAUUUAAUAUUUUUAGUGAAAUAGCUUUCAAGAAACCAAAAAAUGCUUAAAUUGAAGUAAAUGAAUUAAAGAAUAAUACAUGGUCAAUAUUCAUUUACUUAAAGGAUAGUGUAGAUGUGAUGGAAAUUAAGUUUAAAAUACCAGAUAAUCAUUAUAAUGAGUAGUUUUAAAAGUUGAGAGUAUUACUAGACUUUAUUUGA